UUUAUCCCAAGUGAUGUAUCCACUAUCCGAGUUUUCCCACUGUAGCCUGUGGAGCAAUCAACAUGGCUGUAUUCCUCCUCAAUAUUUGUAAAUUUCACGGCUGUGGACAGAUUUUCUCGACUCUGAGUGAACUUAUUCAACAUAUAGAAGACAGCCACAUAGAUUAUGAUCCAAAGACAAUUGAGAGAAAGGAGCUUCAGCAACCACCUUCGUUGCCACUCAGCUAUGUUCUUAGGUUCUUCACCGACGCGGCUCGGCGUGAGAACCCGGACCUAACACGAUCCGACCAGCUGCGCACGGCAGAGUGGCUUCGGAAGCAGAAGCAGAGGACGCAAUCUCCUAGCAUGUCCUCCGUACGCAGCAACUGCAACACCCCGACCGGCAGUGAACUUGAUGAAGAGGAUGUCGUGUCGGAAUCGGACAGUAACGAUUCGUGGACGACACAGGAAGAGUUUAGUUCUGAGCUCAUACUUAGUGAGUCAAGGAUGCUGAGUGUAAACCAGGCAAAGGAGGAAAAGCCCUAUGUUUGCCCUGUCCCAGGUUGUACUAAACGAUACAAGAACGUGAACGGCAUUAAAUACCAUGCGAAAAAUGGUCAUAGAAAAGAUCUGCGAGUGAAGAAGAACUUCAAGUGUCACUGCGGUAAGAGCUAUAAGUCGGCGUCUGGUCUCCGCGCGCACACCGUCUCCACGCACUCCCACCAGCUGCCUGGCAGCCUGCAGCACGUCACUGCCAAGACAUCUUCACACUCCACCUUUUCCGGUGGCGCCACUGCGUCGUCGAUCGUCGUUUCGGUCGCGAGUGGCGCGUCGGCAGCCCCCAGUGAGGCGGUGGGCAGCAUGCCUAGCAUCGCCAGCAUUGUCAGCUCCAUCACGACCGUCGCCGCCCAGCAGCAGGCGUCUGCUGCCAUCAAUCUGAUGGGUGGCGCCACUGUCGCCGGACUCGGGAGCGCCGCUGCGGCGGCCGGUCAGGUGCAUCAGGUGUUCGGGAAGAACACGACGCUGCAGGCGGUCGGGAGCCGCAUCGUCACGUCCGUCGCCCCCACUGUCAUCACCACGAUGCCGAUGGGGGCGCCACUAACCGCCGUCUCUCACGUCUCGGCAUUUCCGGUGACAGGAAUCUCUCUCGCCAUUCCGCAGCGGCAGUGAGCCGGGAGUUUAUGCCUGUCUCGGCGUAUAGCAGGGUUUGUCUCCUGAGGUAGGAUGGAGGGCUCAGUCAUGAAGCUGCUCUGUAAUGAUGAAUGUAGAUUAUAGGGACCCAUCUCAGCGACUCCCUCUUAGGUUGUGAAAGAAUUGUAGAGAUUCGUAAUAAGGGCAUGCUAUCGAUGUUCUAUUCAGGCUACUGCUGGGCAAAAGUAAAUGUAUAUUGCUACUGAAAAUGUACAAUUCCCAAGAUGUGAAAAUGGACCAUUAAAAAUACGAGUACCAGCAUAGUAGUUCUGAGGGUAUAAGUACUGGUCCUAUCAUCCAUUAGGACUGAAGAAGAUAGGAAUGCAGGAAGGAAUCAUUACCUAUUUUUACAGGCUAAAGACAGGAAAAUGUUGAACGUUAUGUCCCAGGAUACAAUGGUAUCUUCCAGUAAUAUUUUACUCGAGGUCAGCAUAUUUUGCCUUGUUUUAUACACCAUACACACACUCAAUUUAGCCAGGGCCGAACCAAGGAAACAAUACGUUAUUAUUUUUAGCUCAUCUGACGUAGUCAGAUGCAGCUUGUAGAAUCGCAUGAUCGUACGUGCGUGCGUGCGU